GUGUGUGCAUGAAUGCACAAACUGGGAAUUUCCAAGUCACACAUAUAUAUAGAUAUGACAGCCAGACGAAAAAUGAAAUAAAAAAUAAAUUAAACAUGCUUCUUUUAUUCAGUUCAAUAUACAUCGUGACAUUAUCUAAAAGCUUUUGUACUUUGAAAUAGUGAAAAAGAAAUAACGAUAAAAAGGAGGGCAGAUAGAAGGAAGUAGUUAUCAAGUUUCAUUAUUUAAACACGGUUUUACUUCAAGAAUUCAAAUAUUCAAGCUACACGCGAUGAUAAAACCCAAAUUACCCAUUACAAUUUGGAUUUUGCUCUGUAAUACUAUUAUUUCUACUUCUCAAAUAUGGACUUACAUAGACAAGCUUGGUCAUGUUGAAUACUGUUGUAUUUGCCACAAAGAUUUUGAGCAGAAUGACAUAAUACAUGAAUGUUACUUAAAAAAUAAAAAGGAUGCUCGUCUGCCAUUUUGCAAUUGCUAUAAAGGCAUACAUCCAGUGUGUCCAGGAAGUACAACUAUUUGCAACAGAGAAGUAACAUGUCCUGAAAGACGUGUCUAUAAAGAAUGUAAAGUGUCUCGUCUGAACAAUGAUAAAUUGGUAUGCAAUGACAGUCUAGAAUGGGAACCAAAGUUUGCAUGUCCAGAGUGUACCAAAACUACUAUCUACUGCAAUAGAAGUGUAAACUGUAGUGAAACAUUCAUUGGCAGUGAGUGUAUUUUACCAUUUAACACCUCACAGAAAUUGAUAUGUGGUGAUGAUCAACAAUGGAAAAGUGACUUUAAAUGUCCAGAGUGUACCAAAACUACUAUCUACUGCAAUAGAAGUAUAAACUGUAGUGAAGCAUUCAUUGGCAGUGAGUGUAUUUUACCAUUUAACACCUCACAGAAAUUGAUAUGUGGUGAUGAUCAACAAUGGAAAAGUGACUUUAAAUGUCCAGAGUGUACCAAAACUACUAUCUACUGCAAUAGAAGUGUAAACUGUAGUGAAACAUUCAUUGGCAGUGAGUGUAUUUUACCAUUUAACACCUCACAGAAAUUGAUAUGUGGUGAUGAUCAACAAUGGAAAAGUGACUUUAAAUGUCCAGAGUGUCCCAACAUUACUUCUGUCUGCAAUAGAAGAGUAAACUGUAGUGAAACAUUCAUUGGCACUGAGUGUAUUUUACCAUUUAACACCUCACAGAAAUUGAUAUGUGGUGAUGAUCAACAAUGGAAAAGUGACUUUAAAUGUCUUCCAGUUUCAGAUCCUGGAAGUCUUGCAAUUUUGGGGUAUAUCUUCCCUCCUAUUAUUAUUAUUAUUAUUAUUAUUAUUGCAGUUGUAAUUUAUCCAUGCCGUGACAGGAUAGAAAACGCAUUAUCAGGUUCAGUAUUUUGCUUUGUAUCUCGAAGAAACAAAGGACAAGCUCCUAGAGAUAAUGGACAAGAUACUCAGGAAAGAGAACUUCUAACAUCUAAAAAUCAGGACACACAACCAAAUGAAAAUAUUGAAGGACCUGAAGAAGAAACAUGUCCAAUGCUUGAAGAUGUGGAAAAUAGAGAACAAAGCACAGAGCAAAAAAAUAUAAAUCAAGAAGGUAUGUAUUCUUCAAAUUCAGGAAGAAAAUAAUAUAUGAUUAGAGGU